CCAGUAAAUCCACAUUCCCGCGGUCGACGUGGUCCCACGAGGGAGCGGCAGCGCAACUCAGGCCGGCCGGUCCUAGUUGAGGGACGUUCUAGCCGACCCCCUACUCGAUGGUAGGGCCCUCCUCAGUCCGGCCUCCGGGCGCCGCCAUGUUGGAGCCUCAGUACGGGAGCCAAGGGUGCGAGCGCACGGCCGGCAGCCGGACCCGGGCCAGCUCCGCUGAGCACAUGCUGGAGGUGCGGCCGGGGCUGUUCCUGGGUGGAGCUGCGGCAGUCGCGGAGCCGGACUACCUGAGGGAGGCGGGCAUCACGGCCGUGCUGACGGUCGACUCGGAGGAGACCGACUUCAACACGGCGGCUGGGGUCGAGGAUCUACGGAGUCUCUUCGUGCCAGCGCUGGACAAACCCGAGACCGACCUGCUUAGCCAUCUGGACCGGUGCGUGGCCUUCAUCGGCCAGGCCCGCGCCGAGGGCCGCGCGGUGCUGGUGCAUUGUCACGCAGGGGUCAGUCGAAGUGUGGCUGUAAUGACUGCUUUUAUGAUGAAGACUGACCAACUUACCUUUGAAAAAGCCUAUGAAAACCUUAAGACUAUCAAACCAGAGGCUAAGGUGAAUGAGGGGUUUGAGUGGCAACUGAAAUUAUACCAGGCAAUGGGAUGUGAAGUAGAUACCUCUAGUGCAAUUUAUAAACAGUAUCGUUUACAAAAGGUUACAGAGAAGUAUCCAGAAUUGCAGAACUUACCUCAAGAACUCUUUGCUGUUGACCCAUCCGCCAUUACACAAGGAUUGAAAGAUGGGGUUCUCUACAAAUGUAGAAAGUGCAGGCGAUCUAUAUUUCGAAGUUCUAGCAUUUUGGAUCAUAAUGAAGGAAGUGGUCCUAUAGCCUUUGCCCAUAAGAGAAUGACACCAUCCUUCAUGCUUACUACAGGGAGUCAGGCUCAGUGUACAUCUUAUUUCAUUGAACCUGUGCAGUGGAUGGAAUCCAGUUUGUUGGGAGUGAUGGAUGGACAGCUUCUUUGCCCCAAAUGCAAUGCCAAGUUGGGUUCUUUCAACUGGUAUGGUGAACAGUGCUCAUGUGGUAGAUGGAUAACACCUGCUUUUCAAAUACAUAAGAACAGAGUGGAUGAAAUGAAAAUGCUGCCAGUUUGGGGAUCACAAACAAGAAAAAUAUGAACUUGUGACAUUUGAUAACUUGCUGAUGAUAUGUGCUACCCUUGCUUAUUGUCAUUCAUGGCAGAUUGUUUAGUUUUAGGCCAUUAACAUUUCAUUUGAAAUAUAAGAAGAUAAAAAUCAUUUGACUUAGAAACUAUACUUUGUCAGCUUCUUACACUAAGUAGAAUGGAAAUCAAAACCUUUUAAUCAUGUAAAUUAUACUUUAUUUGAUAUUAAAAUCUUUUAUAACCCAGA